AUGCCUGAUUCUAAGUACACAAUGCAAGGUUACAACCUUGUUAAGCUAUUAAAAAGGUUAGAAGAAGCCACUGCCAGGUUAGAGGAUGUCACCAUCUACCAAGAAGGUUAUAUUCAGAACAAAUUGGAAGCUUCUAAAAAAAACGAGUCUCUCAACUCUGGAACCGAUGCGUCCUCCACAAUACAAGCCUCUACAGAUGAUGUUCCUGAAGCACAGCAAGAUCCAAAAUGCAUAACUGCAUUCCAAUCUUAUAUCGCUGAGAACAUUGAUCCGUUGGUAGAAUUAUCAGGGAAGAUCGACGCAGUAGUUUUAGAUGCUCUAGAGUUAUUAAAAGGGGGCUUCCAAUCGCAAUUGACUUUUUUAAGAGCUGCUGUGAGGUCAAAAAAACCGGAUUAUUCUUCUCAAACAUUCGCUGAUUCUUUAAGACCUAUCAACGAAAAUAUUAUAAAACUAGGUCAAUUGAAAGAAUCAAACCGUCAAAGCAAAUACUUUGCCUAUUUGAGUUCUUUGUCUGAGGGUGCGCCUUUAUUCUCCUGGGUUGCAGUGGAUACUCCAGUGUCUAUGGUCACAGAUUUCAAAGAUGCAGCACAGUUUUGGACCAAUAGAAUUUUGAAAGAAUAUAGAGAAACCGAUCCUAAUGCUGUCGAAUGGGUUAAGAAAUUUUUGGCUUCCUUCGAUAAUUUGAAAGCUUACAUUAAAGAGUAUCAUACUACUGGUGUUUCCUGGAAAAAAGACGGUAUGGAUUUUGCUGAUGCGAUGGCCCAAUCAACGAAGAACACAGGUGCUGCUUCAUCUCCUUCGCCAACAAGUUCUACAGGGGCUUCAGCACCACCACCUCCCCCACCAGCGCCACCGGCUUCUGUCUUCGAAAUCUCUAAUGAUACACCUGCAGGUGGUAAUGAUGCUAAUAAGGGCGGCAUCGGCGCCGUCUUUGCCGAAUUAAAUCAAGGUGAAAACAUCACCAAGGGUUUGAAAAAAGUAGAAAAAUCUCAACAAACUCACAAGAACCCUGAACUACGUCAAUCGUCUACAGUUUCCUCUACAGGAAGUAAAUCUGGUCCACCACCAAGACCAAAGAAGCCAUCAACAUUAAAAACUAAGAAGCCCCCUAGAAAGGAGCUAGUAGGCAAUAAAUGGUUUAUCGAGAAUUACGAAAAUGAAACUGAAUCCCUAGUUAUUGAUGCCAACAAAGAUGAAUCUAUCUUCAUAGGUAAAUGUUCUCAAGUUCUUGUCCAAAUAAAGGGAAAAGUUAACGCUAUCUCAUUAAGUGAAACUGAAUCAUGCAGUGUGGUCCUUGAUUCCAGUAUCUCCGGCAUGGAUGUCAUCAAGUCCAACAAGUUCGGCAUUCAAGUUAACCACUCUCUACCUCAAAUUUCCAUCGAUAAAUCUGACGGCGGUAAUAUCUACUUAUCUAAGGAAUCCUUGGGUACUGAAAUUUACACUUCAUGCUCCACUGCUAUUAAUGUCAACUUGCCAAUCGGCGAAGACGAUGAUUAUGUAGAAUUUCCAAUCCCUGAACAGAUGAAGCAUAGCUUCGCUGAUGGUAAAUUCAAAUCUGCUGUCUUCGAACACGCUGGUUAA